CCCGUUUCACCAUUGCCAAAAUACUCAUUCAAUUCCAUCAACCGGCGGCGCCACCCAACACCACUGCAACGGCCACCUUCACCUUGACCCUCACCUCCACUUUCCAAUACUCAUGAGGGACUCAAUGCAAAGAACAACUCCAUUAUUAACAAAUAUAAUUUUCUAGCCAUAAGGAACCGGCUAACACUAACAGCUCUGAGGUUAGGCCAUGGCGGCCAUCGUUAAGGAGAUUUUGGCUAGGCCAAUACAAUUGGCGGAUCAAGUGACCAAGGCUGCAGAUGACGCCCACUCAUUCAAACAAGACUGCAUGGAGCUCAAGACCAAGACCGAGAAGCUCGCGGCUCUCCUCCGCCAAGCGGCGAGAGCCAGCAACGACCUCUACGAGCGCCCCACCCGCCGCAUUAUCGAUGACACCGAGCAAGUUCUCGACAAGGCACUCACCCUCGUCAUAAAGUGCCGAGCCAAUGGCAUAAUGAAGCGUGUCUUCACCAUUAUCCCCGCCGCGGCCUUCAGGAAAACCUCCACCCAGCUCGAGAAUUCCAUCGGUGAUGUCUCUUGGCUCCUUCGGGUUUCGGCCUCGGCCUGCGACCGCGACGACGAGUACCUUGGCCUACCUCCAAUCGCGGCCAAUGAGCCAAUUCUAUGCCUAAUAUGGGAACAAAUAGCGAUUCUUUACACGGGUUCGUUGGAAGAGCGAUCGGAUGCGGCCGCGUCGUUGGUGUCGUUGGCUAGAGACAAUGAUCGGUACGGUAAGCUGAUUAUUGAGGAAGGUGGGGUGGCACCGCUUUUGAAAUUGGCCAAGGAAGGGCGAAUGGAAGGUCAGGAGAAUGCUGCCAGGGCAAUUGGGCUUCUGGGGCGUGACCCGGAAAGCGUCGAACACAUUGUGAACGCUGGCGUCUGUAAUGUGUUUGCGAAAAUCCUCAAAGAAGGUCACAUGAAGGUUCAGGUGGUAGUUGCUUGGGCCGUCUCAGAAUUGGCUGGGAAUCAUUCCAAAUGUCAAGACCACUUUGCUCAAAACAACGCAAUUCGGCUUCUCGUUAGCCAUCUGGCUUUCGAAACCAUUCAAGAGCAUAGUAAGUACACCAUUGCCACUAAACAACAGAUGUCCAUACACUCGGUGCUAAUGGCAAGUAAUAACAAUAAUCAAGAAGCCAACCCCAACCCCAACUCCAACAAGAAAGAAACUGAUGAGGAAACUGGUCACAUGUCGCACCCAAUGGGGAAUCAAACUCCAAGUCAGAUGCACAAUGUGGUGACCAACACUUUGGCCAUGAGAAGUAAUGGUAAUAGUACUCCAAACCAACCGAAGCAGCAACCACCGCCGAUGCCUCCUCAUAACAGUCACUCCCACCAGGGAAAAGGCAGUCAAAAUUCAGGCAACGCUAAGCAGCAACACCACCACAACACGCCAGUUUCGUUAGCAGGGGCUAGUAUCAAGGGAAGGGAAUUCGAAGACCCUGCAACCAAGGCUGAGAUGAAAGCAAUGGCAGCCAGAGCACUGUGGCAACUCUCAAAGGGAAACGUCGUUGUUUGCCGCAGCAUAACAGAGUCAAGAGCCCUUUUAUGCUUUGCUGUACUACUCGAAAAGGGACCAGAAGAUGUUCAAUCGUAUUCAGCCAUGGCAUUGAUGGAAAUCACAGCCGUAGCAGAGCAAAACUCUGAUCUAAGACGCUCUGCUUUUAAGCCCACUUCGCCAGCUGCCAAAGCCGUGGUGGAGCAGCUUCUGAAAAUCAUUGAAAAGGCCGAUUCAGAACUCCUCACACCUUGUAUCAAAGCCAUUGGAAACUUAGCCAGGACUUUCAGGGCCACAGAGACCAGAAUAAUUGGACCUUUGGUUAAGUUACUAGACGAAAGGGAUCCAGAGACUACUAUGGAGGCUGUGAUUGCUCUUAACAAGUUUGCUUGUACAGAUAACUUUCUUCAUGUUAAUCACUGUAAGGCAAUAAUAGAUGGAGGAGGGACUAAGCAUUUGAUACAGUUGGUUUAUUUUGGAGAACAAAUGAUUCAGAUUCCGGCCUUGAUUCUAUUGUGUUUCAUUGCUUUACAUGUUCCGGAUAGUGAAGUUCUUGCUCAAGAAGAAGUGCUUAUAGUUCUUGAAUGGUCUACGAAACAGGGUCAUUUGAUUGAGGAACCCGCCAUGGAAGCUCUGUUACCUGAAGCCAAAAGUAGAUUGGAACUUUAUCAGUCUAGAGGUUCAAGAGGUUUCCAUUGAUCUUAUAACUAAUACAAUAACUUGUACAACAUUUUUUCUUUUUUUCUUUUUCUUUUUGAGAUAAAUUAAUUUCAACUAGUUUUACUUUCAUUGUUCUUGUAUUUUAAUUUCUCAACUCUCUAAGAUAAGAAAGAAGGUACAUAAAUUAGUCCUCCUA